AUGGAUGGUGCCAGUAUUCUCGCAAAAUGCCUCAAGGAGCAGGGUGUGGAGUAUAUGUUUGGAGUGGUUGGCUUUCCUAUUAUAGAGGUUGGCAUGGCUGCGCAAGCGCAUGGAAUCAAAUAUGUUGGAUGUAGAAAUGAGCAAGCGGUUAGUUCUCGGUGGACAGUGUUCUUGCCUUGUGAACUACUUGUUUCUCACCAGAACACCAUUGCAUGUUUUGUAAAAUUCUUAUCUCUUGUAAUUACUUAACC